UCGGCUCGUCGCCCCCGCGCUCCACUCGACACACUCCGAACCGGACAGCCGCCGCUACUGCUAGCGCUCGAACGGAUCCACCCGGCCGGCCGGCGGAGGCAAAGCGGCGACCAUGGAGGAGGACCUGCACACGCUGCUCCGCGACCUCGACGCGCUCAAGCAGCUCCCCGACCCGGCCUCCAUCGACCGGAUGCGAGAUCGCGUGGUGAAGAUGAUGGGCCCGUCCGGCGCCGCAGCCGCCGCCACCCGGUCGAAGAUCAAGGACAUGAGCGCGGAGGUGGUCGACAGCAACCCCUACAGCAGGCUCAUGGCGCUGCAGCGGAUGGGGAUCGUCGACAACUACGAGCGCAUCCGCGACUACUCUGUCGCCAUUGUGGGUGUAGGUGGCGUUGGUAGUGUCGCUGCUGAGAUGCUCACUAGAUGUGGAAUUGGACGCCUCUUGUUAUAUGACUAUGAUACAGUUGAGUUGGCUAACAUGAAUAGGCUGUUCUUCCGCCCGGACCAGGUUGGAAUGACCAAGACUGAUGCUGCUGUGCAAACACUUAGCGAAAUAAAUCCCGAUGUUGUAUUGGAGAGCUAUUCGUUGAAUAUCACUACAGUGAAAGGAUUUGAAACAUUUUUGGGAAGUCUCGAAGCCAGGAGCUCUAAUGGGCGCAGCACUGGAGUUGAUCUUGUUUUGAGCUGUGUUGAUAACUAUGAAGCUCGUAUGGUUGUCAAUCAGGCUUGCAAUGAGCUUCGCCAAACAUGGAUGGAAUCUGGUGUGUCUGAAGACGCUGUUUCUGGUCAUAUACAGCUAUUGGUUCCUGGUGAAACUGCAUGCUUUGCAUGUGCUCCUCCAUUGGUUGUAGCAUCAGGAGUGGACGAGCGUACACUUAAGCGAGAUGGUGUUUGUGCUGCCUCUUUGCCAACUACAAUGGGUGUUGUUGCUGGACUGCUGGUCCAGAAUUCUCUGAAGUAUCUGUUGAAGUUUGGACAAGUUUCCCCUUACUUGGGAUAUAAUUCACUUAAGGAUUUUUUCCCCACAAUGGAAAUGAGACCAAAUCCACAAUGUUCAAACCCAGCAUGUCUUGAGAGACAGAAAGAAUAUAUGCAAUCAAAACCUGCUAGAGAUGCAGCGGCAAAGGCUAAGAUGGAAGCUGAAGCAUCCGCAGCAAUUGAAUACCCGGUUCACAUGGAUAACGAGUGGAACAUUAGUGUUCUUGACGAUAGUGACACAGCAACAUCAAGCGUUCAAAGGGCCUCAGCAGACAUCCUUCCAGAAGGCCUUGUCCGUGAACUUCCAGAUGAAGAUUCCUUCAUAGAGCCACCCGCACCAGCUAGCUCUGGUGCCAUCGACGAUGAUCUCGAGGAUCUCCAGCGGCAGCUCGACGCCCUAAACUCAUCUUGACCUCGUGCGGAUCCGGCUCAAAUGGUGUGUUGGAAACCCAAACCAGAUACCAUUGUUUGCGUCCCUUCCGACAGAGUUAGCGAUUUCAGUCGAUGUAGCAUCUGCUUGUUCUAACCGAACGGAGAAAUGUUAGCUGUGUUUUCCAGUCAUGCAAUUUUGGAUCGGGCGAUUCAGAUUUUAAGAGGCGGGUGUUGAUGAGAGUUCCGCUAUAGUCAGAGGUUGAAUAGAACUUGUGAACCGUGACAGCAUACUGUAAAAUCUGCACUGAACUUUCCUGUAAGAUGUGUGUCUACAGGCAAAAUCAAAGAUGCCGUAUUUUUACCAAGAA